AUGCACCUUGCACGCGCAGUAUCAUGGCGACGCUUUUCACGGUUGGCCCACCAAUGCCCCCGUCUCGCCCCUCGAGUGGCUCCCAGUUUGGGAUGUCGAAGACGUCUUACGACCCAGGCGGUUACACCCGUUGAAAAGAUUAUACGAGAUACGAUCAAGGCCACUGGACCGAUCUCUUUCGCGACGUACAUGCAGCUAUGCUUGUCGCAUCCAACGGAAGGUUACUACAUGAAGAAGUCGAAUCCUGUGUUUGGAAAGGCGGGCGACUUCGUGACCAGUCCCGAAAUAAGUCAGGUUUUCGGCGAGCUCACUGGCAUCUGGUUCUUGUCGCAGUAUAACAUUGCAGGACGAGGGCGCCGGGUGCGGCUUGUUGAACUUGGGCCAGGUCGUGGAACGCUCAUGUCUGACAUUCUACGAAUCUUCUCAUCGUUUCCACAAAUAAAUGCGUUGCUUCAUGAAGUACACCUCGUGGAGACGAGCCCCAAUAUGCGUGCGAUGCAAAAGACAGUACUGGAACCUAUGUGUCGAACAGGCAAAGAAGUCUUCUGGCACGACUCCUUGGACGACAUCCCGCACGACGAUGCCAGUUACACAAUGGUCAUUGCUCACGAGUUCUUCGACUCACUGCCCUUUCACCUACUUCAGAAAACCGCGCAAGGCUGGCACGAAGUCCAUAUAGACAUCUCUCGAGACAUAGCAAAUCAAUCCGUGCUAAAUCCAUCCUCCGCGGGAACCUCUGCACUUGCCCCUCACCUCUCUCCGCGCCUAUCUAUCUCUACCCCACUCUCCGCCGAUGGCCCUAGCGAAUCCCCGCUUCCGUCCACCCUCGCCACGGGUCAAGCAUCGGCUUCUCCUUUGAGACGAGUUCUUGCGCCGACACCUUCUCCGACAGCGACGGUGCUUGGCGGUUCCUCGUCGCGGUUCGCUGCUCUGCCAGAAGGCAGCCAACUGGAGGUUUCCCCUGCCGCGUUUAAGAUCGCGCACAAGCUUGGACAGCUGCUCACAUCGCAGGCGAAUGACAAGGAAAGCGCCGGGUGCGCGCUCGUGAUUGACUACGGUGGAGACAAGGCUUUCGGAAACUCUUUCCGGGCCUUCAAGAACCACAAGAUCGUAGACGUGUUCCACCGACCGGGAGAAUGCGAUCUCACUGUCAAUGUUGACUUCGCCUACCUCAAAGAAGCUCUGGCUGACGCCGGCUUGGCUCAUGGUCCGCUCCCUCAACACGCCUUCCUCAAGCGCAUGGGCAUCAACAUGCGCGUAGAGCAGCUCAAGCGGAGCGCCAAAAGCGAGGAGAGGAAGGCAGAGAUCGAGAAGGCGGCGCGAAGACUUAUAGAUCAGUCGGGUAUGGGGACGCAGUACCAGGUCCUGGGAAUUACUGGAGGCAACGAAGUGAUCACAGGGAGCAGCAAGGACCUCCUUUACUACCCGUUUACUGAUGCUGCGUAAGCCCCUGGCGCUCCUCGCGCUCGAGGUCAACUUGGCAUUAUUACGAGAGUGCAGUUUCCCGGGCCGUAUCGGACAAUAAUGGCGGCUUUUGGGACUUUUCACUCGUUUUCAUUGCCGUUCAUUCGUUUUCAUCCAAAAUCACUGAAAAUCAUCUGAAAUCACUCAAGAUCAUUCAGUUUCACCCAAAUUCAUCCAGAUUCAUGCAGUAGGACCGCUAAC